AAAGAUCAUCGUCUCUCCGUCCUCGCGCAGUCGCGCGGCGGCCCGAUCCACUUCUCCGCUCUCCCUCUUCCCGAGCUUCAAACAAAAAGGGUCCAAACCAGGCUACCGUUACAGCUGCUCGGCUGCACCGCCACCAACGGCUAUUCUCAUUUCAAAUCCCUUCCCCUCUUCUCCCCGUCCUCCCUCCACCAUCCACAUCGCCCUCCCCUCCAUCUCUCGCAGCGUCCGCUCCGCCUCCCGAAACCCUAGCUCGGCUGAUCCUGAUCCCCCCCAACACCGAUGGCGCCGCCGCCCACCCCGCGUUCGACGCCGGCGCAGGUGCCGCCGGGCGCGGCCGCGACGCCUCUCAGGACGCCCGCGUCCAAGCACCGCCUCCAUUUCCCCGCCGCCACCCCGAGGAACGCCCACCACGCCAACCACGGCGGCGGCGGUGCCACGGAGCACCCGGUCGAGGUGAUCGGCCGCAUCCGGAACCUCGCCUCGGGGUCCGCGUCCGCGCUGGAGAUCAUGGGAAGCGGGACGGCCGUGCGCGUGCGCGGCGACGCGGUCGGGUGCCGCGACUUCACCCUCGACGGCGUCUCCGUGUCCGAAGAGGAGGACCUCGAGGGUUUCUACCGCCGCUUCGUGCGCUCCAGGAUCCAGGGCGUCCGGGUCGGGGCCAAGUGCACAGUCAUGGUGUACGGGCCCACUGGGUCCGGGAAGAGCCACACCAUGUUCGGCUGCACCAAGCAGCCCGGGAUCGUGUACCGCGCGCUUAGGGACAUCCUGGAGGGAGGCGAAGGCGAUUCAGCGGAGGAUGACGCCGGGUUUGACGCCGGCCUCUUCGUGCAGGUCGCGGUGCUGGAGAUCUAUAACGAGGAGAUCUACGAUUUGCUCGUGGGAAGCGGGGCCACUGCUAAAGGAAACACCCCCAAGUGUAUCGUUGAAGCCUCGCAGUUCUGUAUCUAUGCACAGGCAAAACUGGAAGUAAUGGGGAAAAAAGCGAAGAACGCAAGUUAUAUAUCUGGAAAUGAAGCUGGGAGGAUAUCAAGAGAAGUGUUUAAGGUGGAAAAACGAAGAACUGUGAAGAGCACACUUUGCAAUGAGAGAAGUUCACGGAGCCAUUGCAUGAUUAUCCUGGAUGUCCCAUCUGUGGGAGGAAGAUUAAUGCUUGUGGACAUGGCUGGAUCUGAAAACAUAGAAGCUGCAGGACAAACAGGAUUUGAAGCCAAAAUGCAGACAGCAAAAAUCAAUCAAGGGAACACUGCUUUGAAGCGAGUGGUUGAGUCUAUUGCUAAUGGUGAUUCCCAUGUUCCAUUCAGGGACAGCAAACUCACAAUGCUACUACAGGAUUCAUUCGAGGAUGACAAAUCAAAAAUCCUGAUGAUUCUGUGUGCUAGUCCUGACCCAAAGGAACUGCACAAGACAGUUUCUACUUUGGAAUAUGGUGCUAAGGCAAAGUGUAUUGUCCGUGCUGCUCAUGCCACAACACCUAGGGACAAAAUGAGCUCCGAGGAGUCAUCUGUGAUGCUCAAUUCAAGAAUCGUUGCAAUGAACCAGUUCAUCCACAAGCUUCAAAAAGAGAACAAAUUGAGGGAGAAAGAGCGCAAUGAGGCCCAGAAUGUGCUAAGGCUGAAGGAAGAGGAGCUAGCACAACUGAGAGCAAAGCUCAAGCUGAUAGAAGGGCAAGGGAAAGCUACCGAGAAUGAGAUUAAUUCAAAAGUUAUGGAGAAAACCCAGUUGUUGAGGAGUGAACUCAUGAAGAUGGAAGAAGCGAUGCUUAAGCAGCAGCAAGAGCUUACUUCACUGAGACAGCGACUACAGGAGGUUGAGCACGAAAAGGCCGAUGGUUGUCAGCCAUUGCAGCAGGAUAUAAUUGGAGGUAGAUUGCUGGCACGGCUAUCAGAGAUGCCUGCAGGCCUUGAUCAAUCAGUGGCAAUGGACAUGUCUAUGGACUUAGACAUGGGAGAUCAACCGGUCAUGCAAGAUGUCAAGGUAAUAAAGGAGGAUACUCGCCAGCAGGGCCACAUAUGGAAUCACACAGCCACAGCAGCAAGUGCUUGCACAGGGUCUGUAGUGCAAGAAGAUGAUGUCAAGUUGUCCGGGUAUCCUGAAAAAACUGUCCUCAGCACCGUGUUUGAGGAGGGAGAUGAGGAGGAUGCAGAGAAGUGUGGUCUUCAAGAGGAGGUACGCAAGGAGGUUGUAGAGGAGAACUUUAAUGUGGACAUAACACAACAUACACUUUCUGAGCCAGAUGAUCCUGCGACAAGGAAGCAUCGGAUUGAAAACAUAUUCAGGCUCUGUGGCAACCAUCGUGAAAUAGCUAAGAAACCAAAGGUCCAGUCACCAGCAAAGGAAAUGUUCUGCAGCGAGAACAAGUCUCCAGCAAAGCAAGUGUUUGGGGAUCAGAACAAAUCGUCAUCAAACCAAAUUUUUGGAGAUGAAAACAAGGAGCCGUCGGCAUGGGGUGCUAUAGAGACCCCCAUGUGCGAUGUUAGAGUGACUGACAGCCCAGUGUCUUCUCAGCUUUCUCCAAUCGUAUGCCAAGUUGUGGCUGCACCAUUAUCAGAGGAACUGAAUACAUGCAGUGCAGUGGAAGGAAGUGAUCCGAGCAAGGAGAAGAACAGUCUUGCUGGACAGAAGGAUGGCGGCGGCCUCUUGGAAGUUUACAUAAAAUGGGAGUCUGGCAACCUGAUCAAAGGGCUGAAGCUACUGCGCAACUCGUGCCUUUCAGAUCUGAGGAAGCUUAUAGAGGCUCAUUUCGAAGAAGUGGGCAGCAAACAGCAGCAGCAGCAGUUCAUCUUCCUUCUCCUUGGGGAUCCGUCCGGUGCCCCGGUGUCCAGGGACAAGGAAGCCUCGGUGCAGAUAAGCAGGCUGCCGCACUGGAACAACCAGGCGGACGGCUACCUGGCGUGCCUGCGCGCGGACAAGAAGCCGGCUGCGGACCACACGCCCUUCAGCCCGCUGGACAGCAAGCUGAACACGGUUGUGAAGGACGCGCACCUAGCCGGUGCAAUGUUCGCCUAAGGCCUGUAGCCCUCCAGCAGCUACAUCCGGGAGCUGAGAGCUUGAGCUCCGGUGGGCAUCUGUUGCGGUCACAUGACUAUCAUGUAUCUUCUAUAGUUCUAUGUAUUAUAUUGAUUCCCCGUAAAAUAUUGAUUGCUAGUCAUGUUUCUUAGCAGGACCUACUAGCGAGAUAGCUGUAAUUUCGAUGGCAUCUUCAGAUGCCAGUUCUUUUUCCUCUCUGGCCGCGAGGGAAAAAAAAAGGUUCAGGCUGCUCUUUGUUUUUGAUAAUCCUAUGCCAGAAUUCAGUCAUUGUCACUCUCAAAAGGCCCUUUAAUCAUUCAGAGA